GUAUUCUGCAUCUUUUUUUCUUUCUUGCGCUUUACCGCUUUAUUGAUUAAGCGGCGUUUGGCGUUGUUCUUGGUUUGGUGGCGUGUUGUUUGGGUAUCAUCCAAAAGUUUUGUCUAAAGUUCGUCAAUACAUCACUUAGGUUGGUUACCACGAAUUAUACUAUAAAAUAACCAUGGAUUCCUUCUUCAUCCCUCCAGAGAAUGUUAUCGAACAACUGAAAUGUUCCUUAUGCGACAGUUUUCUCUCUGUAUCUCCAGUAGCUCUCAUUUCAGAAGAUGGAAACCAAUAUAAGUGUGGUAGAUGCAGUGCGAUAAAGACUACUAUUAACACUAGAGCUACGAUAUAUGAACAUCUUGCAAAGUUGAUGACUUUUCCAUGCAACUAUAAAGACUGCGGGAAAAAAAUUCCUUUUGUUGAUAUCAAAGACCAUGAGAAAGUUUGUGAGCAACGCUCUGUUAUUUGUCCCAAAGCGAACUGUUAUGAAUCCAUAAAAGUUCAAAAAAUUGCUCAUCAUUUUAAGGAGAAACAUAGCGAAGUUUAUCAUACUAAUAUGUUUUGUAUCAAAAACGUGUAUGCUUACUAUAACAUUGAUGUCCUGGAGAAAAAUGGAAAGACAUACAUUAGCAUUUUUGAUUUCGAUGAUAAUAAUUUUGGAUUAAGCAUUUGCUCAACCGACCCUGCUGACAAUUGUCAGUAUGAAAUAAAAUUAAAAUCAGAUAAGAGUAAUUUCUCUAUUUCUAUCACUAAUCAGAAUAUUAUUUUGUUCAAUGAGAGAGAGCAUUGUUUCAAAUGUGUGAGUGGAAAUUGCAAAUCAAAGUUUCAUGUUUAUAAAGAUAACAGGAAGGAAAUUUCUAAGAGAAUGACUACUAAAAUAAAUAGGGACAGUGUUAAGAGAAUGUUUGGUCCUGGGCUGAUAACUUACACUAUCAAUAUUGUGGAAGAAGGUGAGAAAUCAAAGGAUAAAGAUGAUUCUAAGGUGGAGGUGAAAGAUGCUAUCAUAAGAAAAGCCAAGAAAAUUCUGCUUCAACUACUGGAAUGCCCUUUUUGUAAGGAGUACAUGAGCCCUCCCAUCUACCAGUGUCUCACUGGUCACACUAUGUGCAACACUUGCAAAUCUUCAUUAAGCAAAUGUUCCACUUGUGAUGCUGAUAUUGAGAAAACUCGAAACUACACCCUUGAAGAGUUAUCAAAGAAGGUUGAAUUGCCUCAGGGUGAUGAUAAAAAGCCCAAGAUCGAAGGUGGUUUGAAAAGAAAUUCUGAAGAAAAUGAUUCAGAUACUCCAGCCAAAAUUCAAAAGCAUUAAUUGAGUUUGAUUUUUUCAUUUUUUUUUAAUUUCUAUUAAUGUUUGUCAGUGUAUGUUUUAUUAGUAUAUACUUAUAAUUUGGCCUUUGACGUUACAUAAGGUUGACAAGAGUGUCAAGUGUUUUUUUUAGAUAGUUUCAAAUGAUUUCUUAGAAAUUUUGGUAAGUCUCUAGGUGGAAAAAAGUGCAAAUUUGUUGAAAGACAAUCUUUUCAUUUCAUUAAAAAAUUUUAUUCUAUAGAGAACGAAAACGUAAUUAUUGAUAAGAAUGCUGUAUCUUUCAAUCAAGAAUAUUUUUCAAAAAAAAAAGAAAAAUAAAAAUUAGAUCUAAAAAA